AUGAUGGAAGUUAGUAUUAAGGAGAAAAGAAUUGUUCUGUUACCUGUUGAUGGCAGUGAUCAUUCUACACGAGCAUUUCAAUGGUAUGUGGAUAAUUUAAAGAAUGAAAAAGAUGAAUUACAUUUUGUUUAUAUUAUUGAACCAGCGUUUUCAACACCGACAAUUGAACUUGCAACGGCUUCACCUCCAGUAACUAAUAUUAUGCAAUCAAUGCAAGAGAAAGCAAAAGCUGCGGGUAUUACUUGUCAUGCACAUGCUCAUAUUGAUACAAAACCUGGUCAAGCAUUAGUUCGGAUAGCUGAAGAAUACAAUGCAAAAUUGAUAGUAAUGGGAACCCGGGGGUUAGGAAUAAUUCGUCGUACAUUACUUGGCAGUGUUACAAAUUAUGUAUUACAUCAUGUUAAAACUCCUUUGGUGAUUGUACCUCCAGUGAAAUCAUGA